ACAGCAAUGGGCCAAAAACAUGGAUGGAGACAUUGACCCCCUUCUUCUAUCCUAACUGGUUGCUUGCAUCGCGUCUCCUCAGCGGGUCACUGCACUCCAUCUAGGCCAGUGGCGGGACACACCCAGUGGGGGCGGGGUUUGUUCCCCAGCCACUGAAUAAUGGCGGCGCGGAGUGCAGCGGAAACGGGAAGGCGGAUAUGAAGCAGUCCAGUACAAUAAAUAAGAUAUGAAUGUCUCUGCACCCGGCCUGGCAAUCACGGAGAAGCCGGGGAGUGACAGACUGGGCACAUAUGCCUCAAUAAUAGCCACAAUUCAAUACAAAAAACACAAUUACCGGGAAGUUUGACUUCGUGUCGAGCUCCAGACUGGAAUACCGAGGAGCGGCUCCGCUGCACACGGGUUCUGGAGCACCGGGUCCCGGCUUGGAAGCCGAUGAAGAGUCCGCGGUAGCCGGGCCGCAUGGAGGUCCGUCGUCCGUAAUUAAAACGACUUCUUCGGCGAUUAUCUUUCUCGGGUCUUCAAUCUCCCUUCACCCCUAUCCUCCCCAUGGAUCAUAGGGAUGCCCUAUCAUCACCUCCUCCUCUCCAGACAGACCAGCAGAAGGAUUCCUGGAUCGCCUUGCAUUCUUAAUACCUUGUUUCUCUUUCUGCCCAUCUUGCAACUCCACCACGUUCCCAUGUCAUACCGGGUACCUGGAUGGUUUACAAAGUACUAUCGGGCCCUAGAGCAAGGCAUGUAUCUGCUGUUGACACUUUAGUGUUUGUCAAAGUGGAAAUGGUGUCUUGGGGUGUUAAGGGAGAUAAAUCGGCAUCGACAGUGGGAAUGUGAUAUCCAUGAUGGAUCUGAGAGGAAAAGGGAUCAUUCCACCUUUGAUGACUGUUAGUGGAAUCUGGGAACUCAAAAGUGGCAGACAACAGGGACAAAGGAUUGUACUUUAAGGACCCCAAACACUUCAUUGCUUCUUAAGUUUGGUCUAGAGGUGCACUUUUAAGCUACGUGUCUCUUAACCUUUCUUCCCCUUGCGUCUUUUUUUUUUGGGGGGGCUUGCCCAUCUGACCUCAAACUUCCGCCCCUCUCACAACAGCCGUCCUCCCCCCUCGACCCCAGACAUCGUCCGCCUGCCUCUCCACCUCCUCUGCCCCUCCUCCACACCACAACCAUUCUCACCCUAAGCCAGCACCUCACACCACCAUCACUAGCUCUCCUCCUCUGCCCCCUCCCUUCCUUGCCAGUGUCUUCAACGGAAACCAUGGAGAUGGCUGCCUCUCCCUCAUCCCAGUCGUCCUCAUCAUCGGCCAACAGCAGUGCCCGGGAGCACCUCCUGGCGGUGCGUCGACGCACCCCUCACACCCGGCCGUACACGAUUGGUCCAGAUAACCUCCGCAGCCUGUCGGCACAGGGCACAGCCGGAGAAGUCGUUGCCUCUGUGCCCUCGACGUCGUUAGGAAGCCAACCAGAAGCAGUGGGAGUUGGGCUCCAGCGGGCCAACAGCGACACAGACCUGGUGACAUCAGACAGCCGCUCAUCACUUACAGUGUCUAAGUACCAGCUGACUCUAGGCCAAAGCCAUCUGGUAAUCUCCUGGGACAUCAAGGAGGAAGUGGAUGCCACCGACUGGAUCGGCUUGUACCACAUCGAUGAGACGUGCAUGGCCAACGUGUGGGACUCCAAGAAUCGUGGAGUGAAUGGCAGCCAGAGAGGACAGAUCGUGUGGAGACUGGAGCCGGAACCCUACUUCAUGGAGCCGGAGACUAAGGUCUGCUUUAAAUACUAUCACGGUGUGAGUGGAGCAUUGAGGGCAACUACACCUUGUAUCACCAUCAAGAACCCUGGAGUACCGGUGGGCAGUGAAGGCCAAGUUGAGGACCAAUCAGGCACUGAGCACUGUCGUAAACUCGUCAGCUUCACCCUAUCCGGUAUACGGGCAGUAAGUCUGAAGAAGGGCAUGUUCUUCAACCCUGACCCCUACUUGAAAAUGUCAAUACAGCCCGGGAAGAGGAGCGGCCUCCCCAGAUUCACCCACCACGGCCAGGAGAGACGCUCCUCCAUCAUAGCCAACACAACCAACCCUGUGUGGCACGGGGAGAAAUACACCUUUGUGGCUCUGAUGACUGACGUGUUGGAGAUCGAGGUGAAGGAUAAGUUUGCCAAGAGCCGACCGAUCAUCAAGCGGUUUCUGGGUCAGCUGAUCAUGCCUGUACAGAGGCUUCUGGAGGGGCCGGCCACCGAUGAUCAGCCGGUCAGCUAUAGCCUGUGUCGUCGUCUCCCUAUGGACCACGUGAGCGGGCAGCUCUCGUUCAGGGUGGUUGUCACCGCCACUGGACAUGAAGAAGCCUCCCCACAGGCUGUGGGAGUCCACUUAGGUGCAGUGAACGGUGAUCCUGGAAGCCCCUCAGACGACGAAGACCUCCCUCACCAAUCCUCCUCUUCACGCUUCACAUACAGACCUUCUCCCACAGGCCCUGACGAAGGCUCCAGGUUAGUCAAUGGGGCUUGUUACAAUAGCGAUGACAGUAUAUGGCAGGAGCCUGGGCAGAUGGGACAGGAAGAUCCGCUUGCUAGGGGUCUGGGCUGUCACACCCACCGGCAAGUGUCGCUCAACGACUACCUGGACACCAUCGAGGCUCCGAGAAGCCCCAGGGACCGACCUUUCGUAGGGCCCUCGCCGAAACUCCGCUCCAGCUUUCCAACAGACACGCGGCUAAAUACCAUGCUGCACAUCGACUCAGAUGAGGAUGAGGAGACGGCGGGGCAGCACCGAGAGCAAUCCCAGGAGACGAGGACACAGCAAAGUACAGACUUGGCCUUAUCGAGGAGAUGGGCUGAGUCUCAACAGGGCAACGAGGGUUCAAAAGGAGAGCCAGAGGGGCAGACUGGACUUGGAGCUGGGGCCACAACAGACGCAGGUUUCUCUGCCAGUGCUCAGUCCGGAAGUGAAUCUGCAGGGGCCGAACCUGUAGAUGAAGCUGCCAAAGCACAAGCAGGAACGUCCACAGCGGCCAGGACUGCAGCUGGGACCAGAAAGGUGGCUGGAGCAUUAGCAGAGGUUGCACCUGCCACUGGAGCAACGGUGACAGCUCUGGGCUCAUCUCAGGCAUCUGGGAAUGAUGUACAAGCAGUAGCUGGGUCGGGAGAGUCUGUGGGGGAAUGUACCUGUCAGGAGCAGAGCAGCAGGAUGGCGGCCAACCAGGAGGUGCCCUCACUUGGUCUACUUUCACCCAUUCAGGAGGUGGAGACAAGAAAUAUAGUGGCUCCGAAGGCCGAGGACGAAGGGGAGUCAUCAAGCAUUCAGGCAAAUGGACCAGUAGCAGCAGCAGCUCCUGUGAGCAGCAUCAUAGAUAACCAAGAAGGAGGGAUUUCUGAAGUUGGUAGUGGAGCGAGAGCCAGCGGUCGGGAGGAGCAUGAGGUGUGGAGCAGGAGACAGUCCAUGCAGGCCUCCGGAGGCACAGCCCAGAACGAGGAUGCGCGUGCGGCCGGAGGGAGUGUGAACGGGACAGUCGGGGUGGACAGAGAGACAGACUGGGAGGCUCGUAUCGACAGCCAUGGUAGAAUCUUUUACGUGGACCAUGUUAACAGAACCACAACUUGGCAGCGUCCCACUGCUCCCACCGCCCCGCAGACCCUCCAGAGGUCCAACUCCAUACAGCAGAUGGAGCAGCUGAACCGCAGGUAUCAGAGUAUACGUAGGACAAUAACCAAUGAAGGUAGACCAGAGGAGCAGCCAGCCAAUGAGCUGCUGGCAGAUGAGACUGACAUGCAACCUUCCAUACCAGGUAAUCCUCUCAUCUACUACAUUAUAGUCUAUCUAGCCUGCAAAGCAUGUCCUAGAGACUGUGUUUGUGUUGCAGAGCUGCGCAGGGACAACAGUGUGGCUCAGUCCAGUCCCAGAUCUCGCCUCACUCUGCUGCUUCAGUCCUCCAGCGCGAAGUUCCUCACCAGCCCCGACUUCUUCACUGUGCUGCAUGCCAACCCUAGUGCCUACCGUUUGUUCACCACCAACACGUGUCUGAAGCACAUGAUCAGUAAGGUUCGUCGGGAUGCUCACCACUUUGAGCGCUACCAGCACAACAGGGACCUGGUGGCCUUCCUCAACAUGUUCGCCAACAAGCAGCUGGAGCUGCCGAGAGGCUGGGAGAUGAAGCACGACCACACUGGCAAGUCUUUCUUUGUGGACCAUACCGGCCGUGCUACCACCUUCAUCGACCCCCGGCUUCCUCUCCAGAGCACUCGGCCCCCAAGCGUCCUGUCCCACCGCCAACACCUGACUCGGCAACGCAGCCACAGUGCCGGGGAGGUCAGCCCACGGCGACUGGCUAGUGAAGACCCCCGUCACGCUGGCCCACCCGUCCUGCCCCGUCCUUCCAGCACCUUCACGUCUGCCAACAGGGGCCAGUGUCAAGACGUUGUGCCAGUGGCUUACAAUGAGAAGAUUGUUGCGUUUCUUCGACAAGCAAACAUCUUCGAGAUUUUGCAGGAAAGGCAGACGGACUUCAACCGGAACCAUUCACUCAGGGAGAAGGUGCAACUCAUACGCACAGAUGGAGGGUCAGGAUUGGCCAGGAUGUCAGGUGAUGCUGAUCUUGUCAUGCUACUCAGUCUUUUUGAAGAUGACGUAAUGUCCUACGUACCUCCUCAUGCCUUACUUCACCCGAGCUACUGCCAGUCACCUCGGGGGUCCCCCGUCUCCUCUCCACAGAACUCACCUGGUACACAGAGGGCAAACGCCAGAGCCCCAGCACCCUACAAGAGAGAUUUUGAGGCCAAACUGCGCAACUUCUAUAGGAAACUGGAAACUAAAGGCUACGGCCAAGGACCAGGGAAGCUAAAGUUGAUCAUCCGUCGUGACCAUCUGCUGGAAGAUGCCUUCAACCAGAUCAUGUGCUAUUCCCGUAAAGACCUGCAGCGCAGCAAGCUCUACGUCAGCUUUGUCGGGGAGGAGGGGUUGGACUACAGCGGGCCUUCCAGGGAGUUCUUCUUCUUGGUUUCCAGGGAACUGUUCAACCCUUAUUAUGGUCUUUUUGAGUACUCUGCAAACGACACUUACACCGUCCAGAUCAGCCCAAUGUCCGCUUUUGUAGACAAUCACCACGAAUGGUUCCGGUUCAGUGGUCGUAUUCUGGGUUUGGCUCUAAUCCACCAAUACCUGCUAGAUGCCUUCUUCACCAGACCCUUCUAUAAAGGCCUACUGCGCAUUCCAUGUGACCUGAGUGACCUAGAGUACCUGGAUGAGGAGUUUCACCAGUCCCUUCAGUGGAUGAAGGACAACGACAUAGAAGACAUGCUGGACCUCACUUUCACUGUCAAUGAAGAGGUUUUCGGACAGAUAACAGAAAGGGAACUGAAGCCUUGCGGAGCCAACAUCCCAGUAUGUGAGAAGAACAAAAAAGAAUACAUUGAGCGUAUGGUGAAGUGGAGGAUAGAGAGAGGAGUGGUGCAGCAGACUGACAGCCUGGUCAGAGGCUUCUACGAGGUGGUGGAUGCCAGGCUAGUAUCGGUGUUUGAUGCAAGGGAACUGGAGCUGGUGAUCGCCGGCACAGCUGAAAUUGACUUAUCAGAUUGGAGGAACAACACAGAAUACAGAGGAGGUUACCAUGACAGCCACAUUGUGAUCCGGUGGUUCUGGUCAGCAGUGGAGAGGUUCAACAAUGAACAGAGACUACGGCUUCUGCAGUUUGUGACCGGGACAUCCAGUAUUCCUUAUGAGGGCUUUGCUUCUCUGCGAGGCAGCAAUGGACCUCGCAGGUUCUGUGUGGAGAAGUGGGGCAAGGUCACUGCACUACCCAGAGCCCAUACCUGUUUUAAUCGGCUGGACCUGCCACCAUACCCGUCCUUCUCAUUGCUGUAUGAGAAGAUGCUGACCGCUGUGGAGGAGACCAGCACCUUUGGGCUGGAAUGAUUCAGCUGACCUCAAUAGCUGCUGGUCAUCAUGAAAAGAGAGGUAGCCAUGAAGAAGAUGGAUUUCAAGUCCAAUUUCUUGGUUGUGUUUAAUUUAUAAUGGGCUAUCACUGAUGCUGACCUUUUUGUACAUUGGACAUUUGUAAACACUUGUUUUUUGUUGCACCUGCACACAAUUCUAAUUAAACACACUAUUUAAUAAAACACCCUUUUACCUCUGUAAUGUGAUGAAUGAAGACCCACACUGCCUUUGGGACUAGAUCAGGAUUUUUUUUUGCUUUUCUCUUUGAUAAUAGUAGUUAAAGUUUCAAAUGUACACAUCAAAGAAGAAGCAGCCACUGCCUUCACAACAAAAGCUCAGUGGACUCAGCCUCUUUUAAUCCAGUGUGGUUCAACCUGUCCAGAACUGUGUUUCUUGCAGAAGAGUAAGUCUUUUUGGCCUGUAUUACAAACCACUAAUGCAAUUUUUUCUCGAAGCCAUUCAAGGUCUGCCUGAUAUAACAUUUGGUAGGUUUUUUGGAAUUUUCCCCAUAACUUCUAUAGCAGAUAGAUAGUCUCAAGACAAAAGCUAUUGUAUUUUACAAUACUUUCAUCUUCAAGAAUAAGUGAUUUUCUAAUGUGGCAGUUACAUGCAGAUUGUGUGAGAAGUGAUUUUGUACCUGAUUUGGAUCAACCGGCAACAAAAAGAUUUGGCCACAAUUUUUUACAUUUUUUUAUUGAGUUAUAGUUUUGAUGGUAAGAAAGUAACAUGCACUUUUGAAAUCGUAUUACAUUUAUUUGGAUUGUAGCAGACAAUUAAUAUACUCAAGUACAACAAUAAAUACCUGCAAUUGUUCAAUAGUUAUUGAGAUAGUUCAGAUCAAACCAAUGUGGUUAACAUUGCCCUCCCUUCAUCCUAGCAUGGCUAAAAUGAAGGGAUGAAUGUUGUAGCAUAACUUUUUAGCUAAUGUAAGAAUGGACUGGCUCUGAUUAUUGACCAUGUUCAAUGUACAAUCCAGUUCUGGAUUCUUUCUGUAUGUCUACCUAGUUCAGUUUGGACGAAUCAGUAGUGAGAGAAAAUUAAAUGAUUUUAUAAUUAUGGACAUUCCCUAUUGCCCGACUACAGCUACUGGUGUGAAAAACAAAGUAAGGGAAUAAGAUUUCAAGAUAAAGAUUCAAGGUUUUAUUUUAAGUUCAUUUAUUAUCUACUCACAGAAAAUGACCCUGAGAUAUUAAAACUGAAGGACCGACUAUUUUUCUUGUUUAAACUUUUAAAGAAUGUACACUAAACCCGAUUACAAAAUAUCAUUAUUUCCGGUUUAAGUUUCGUAGGAACGUUGGUAAAUGUUCGUGUGCAAAUUCAGUUUCAAUUCAAUUGGGGUAAAAUAUUCCAUUCUCAUAGUAAAAAUAUAUUAUUUCCAUAACUGAAUGCACUGCACUCAUCAGAAUGGACCAACGUUUUGAGCCUUAACCGGCUGCCCCUAAUCCAAACAAACGACCACUCUUUCUGUAUUGUCCACCUCACUUUUGAUAUGAAUGUUUGUCAGCAUUGCUCCUAACAUAAAAUAAUAUCCCUAUA